AUGUUGAUGUUGCUGUUACCUCUGUCUUCUAUGACAACUUCGUCUGGUGUCUCCAUUGUCUUUGGCAAGCGCCUCUGUCCUUUUGUUCUGUCUUCUCUCCAGCGAGCUGCCUCUGUUUUCUCCUCUCUCUUGCAUACAAAAAUUUUCAGAACAACGCUGCUCCUUUAUAGCGUGACGGCUGUUGAAUUGGAUAGUGUCAUGGCAAAAGGAGCAUAUAUGCUUUUAUAUGCAAGGUGUUCGCCAAGGGCCCCAAGAUUAAUUAGGAACAGAAUACUAUCCUCAGAUUCAAAAAGUAAAGUUACUGGAAAGACUCUUGCAACGAAAGCAAGAUUUAUACCUCCGAAUUCUGGUGUUGCUGAACAUGUCGAUAGUUCCAUCUCUCCAGAUGGCUCACCUGCCUUGGAGUCUUUCUAUUCUAAGUUUCACCACCUGAAAAAGAUUUUAGAGGAGGACUCGUCAAGUGAUAAUUCAUCCCUCAUUAGCAACAAUUCUGAUGAAGGUUCUUGCAGUACGGAUAGUACCCGUGAUUCAACCAGUACAGAUGACUUGACUGAUUACCUUUUUGGUGAUUCAGGAAAUGGAUGGAGUAGUCUGUGGAGGAAUUCUGAUUAUGACACAUCCUCAUCCUCCUCUUCUUCCCCCUUGAACUCUCGACAUUCGCCCCUAUCUGAUAUGGACAGAUAUGAUUCAGUUUCUCCUGAUGCGGCUGGUUUGUGCAUUCCCACAGGUUCAUGUGUGGAGAAAGACGGUCCUGUAUACAGGAAUGGAGCGGUGGAUGUUGAAAGAAGAGGGAGAGGGGUAGGUGUUUCUUGUUUGCAUUCUAACACAACUUCACAGCAUAGAGAGUUAGUGAGUGGUAGGAUUAGUAGCAAUGGUAGUAGUAAUAGCAGUAGGGAGACCGACUCUUUUUUGAAAGUAGGAUCUAACCAUUGUAAUGAUAGACACUGUGGUGUAUUAUGUAGAAAGUCACGAACGAUUAAAACUUAG